ACCUGGAACAUACCCUUCCGCAUAUCCCCCAAUCAGCCUCUUUACACACUCAACACAAAUAAAAAUGAUGGUGGCCGGAUGCUGAGCUGUUUUUGAGCUGACCACAGAUCACGGGUAUGCCGCCGAGACGGGCAGACUCUCCAAGACAUGACGCAUUGGCAUAUCUGCUUCUGUCUGGUCAGCAGUGUAGUACGAACAAUAGCAUCCUUUCGUAUCGAGAAGCAUGAUAAAUGGCUUAGAUCAAUGCCUGUAUCAUCGUAAUAAAAAAACUAAACCAGAAGCAUGGGUACUAGAGUCAUUCAAGCCUCAGAACAGACCGUGAGAAACCAUCGCGGAAGCCAUUCGGCACAUGUCCAAUCAUCAGAUCCCCCAAGUCCUCGGUCGCCAUGUGGCAGCGUCACUGUGCUGCACCUCACAUCACUCCCAGUCUGCCACUGGCUGGCUGAAGACAUCGGGUUUAGCCUCACAUCGCUCGAUUGGAAGAAGCAGGGUUCCAGACAUCCGCCUCUUGAUUCUCAAGUCCCCUUCUUUCGCUUCCAUAAUCAACCAGGCAGGCAUUCAGAUAACGAAGCCUAAAAGAAUCGUCGAGAUUGCUUCUCUGCUUAACAAUCCACUUGCUCAAUCUUUCGAGUCACUGGAAAUAGAGUCACAGAUCCACUGUGAGCAGUCAGUAGGGCCAAAACGGUCAUGGAUCCGUUGCCGGCUCGCUGGAAGCGCGGCGACAGGGGUUAUGGGUAUGGGGGUUUGAGCUCGCGCUAUUGUUAUUGCAGGCAUAGCAAGGCAGAUGAGAUUGGGGCCAAGUUCAUUUAUUAAAGAUCCAUUUCAAGGGAGAGAUGAUAGAUAACAAAGGGGUAAGAAAGAAACUCAAGCCUCAGCAAGGCUUGAAUGGCUGAAACUCAUGGCGAUGGUCUUUUCAAGCUGCACAAUUGUUUCAGCAAGUUUUGUUCCAGCCCUCUGAAAUCUGACUGCCCGGCCAGCCGUUUCUGGAAUGAGGCCUAAACAGAUCAGAUGGGAUGGGAUGCCCA